GUGGGGCUUUUGAAAGUAUGCGUUACAUCCCCUCGACUGUAAGACUCGGGAGACUAGCUCCAUUCUGUGUUUCGUUUUGCACUGAUAAUAGCUAGAUAUGUAAAUAAUAGCGAUCGCAGUAUCUAAUUAAUCAUAAAUACUUGGCGCUUUAGUGUCACUUAGGAAUGAUUUUCCCCCAUAAGUCCUCGAAUUUAUGUGACAUGAGGCAUAAGUCAUCCGCGAAGUCCAAAUCUUGUAGUCUUUUCAUUGAUCUAUCGUGCUCCUGUCUCCUCGCCUCUCACAAUUAAAAUACUGCUCAAUUGACAUAUUCUACAGUAUCGCAUAUUGUGUUCGUACUUGGAAUCAUCGGAGUGAUAAACUUAUCUUGUGCAAAAAUGUGGUUUAUAGUCAUUGCGUUGCUUAUCCCUUUACAUUUUCAUCAAUCUUCUGGUUAUGUCAUCGAAGGAACGGUUGUUGUCCCAACAGAAGCUCCGUCGGAUUGGCAUAUUAAUACAAGAAUUAAUGUCGCCGGGGACCAGUAUGUUGGUUUUGUCAGGUCGGACGGGAGUUUCGAAGUGACAAAUAUUCCUUCUGGUUCAUAUAUCAUUGAAGCGAUAAAUCCAGUCUAUUAUUUCCAGGGUGUCCGUGUUGAUAUCAGUUCUAAAGGUCGUAUUAGAGCACGUCAAUUGAAUGCGCCACAACCAAAUGCUGUCAAAGAGAUCCCCUAUCCACUACGUCUUACUAGCUCUGGGAAAGCCAUCUAUUUUAAGGCUCGUGAGCAGUUGCGCACUUUGGAUCUCUUAUUGAAUCCAAAUGUUCUCUAUGUAGUAGUCCCAUUGUUAUUAGUCAUGGUACUCACAAAAUUAGUCAACACUAGUGAUCCGGAGUUACAAAAAGAAAUGCAGCAGAUGAAUAUAUUGAAUCCUCAACAGCAGAUACCUGAUAUGAGUGAGUUCCUCUCCUCCCUGUCGUUAUUCGGUGGUAGUGGGAUCGGUGCAGGCAACAAUAAGAAGUCAUCGACGAAUAAGCGUAAAUCUGGUGAAAAGUCACGUCAAAAUAAUGGCGGUGGUAGUUGUGCUAAUAGUAAUGGUAGUAAUACUGCGUCUUCAGAAGGAUCAAGUCACUAUCACUACAGCAGUGGGACUAAUACUGCUAUCAGUAGUGCUUCAAGUUCUUCUGGUGGGACAGCAACGGUGACAUCUAGACGAACAACGACGAAAAAGUAGUUAAUAGAAGAAAGGUUUUAAUGAAUAAGAGUUAAGCGAGAAUAUCUGUGUGUGUGUGUGUACACGCGUGUGUUUGUUUGUCUGCCCGCCUGUCUGUUUAUUUUUCUUGUAUAACACUUAUUGAUUUUAUGCCCCUUAAUUUUUGUGCUCCGAAUUUUUUUUUAUUUCUUUCAACUGUAAACUACGGAGUGAAAAAAAAAUUCUGUGCGUUUUUUGUUCUUCCGUGUAUUUAUAGUAAAUGGGCAAGGAAGUUCCCGAAUUGUUUCCGGUCAAACGUCAAAUUAAUAAGAUUACAAAGUGUGAUAGACAGGAUGAUCGGGUAAAAGACAGCAAGAUCAUAAUUACUGAGAUACUUGACUUUUUUUGUGCACUUAGGAAUUAAAGACGUGGUAAUAACAAGAUGGAUAGGAAGUUCGGUUUCACAGGUGUAUAGAAGACGACUAUGUGUACUGAAGGAUUGUGAACCCGAUCACAAUCACUGAGAAACUUGGCUGUUUGUCCAAUUAGGGAUUAAGAGUGUAGUAUUAACAAAGUAGGCAGUAAGUUCAGAUAUAAAACACAGUAAUGCAGAUAGGAAUUUUAAAAAACGUAAAUGUAACACAAAUAAACAGGCAGAUUGGACAAGAAAAGUGAUAGGAUAAUGACUGUUGGAAGAAUUGACUGUUUAUGGUGGCCAUGUUAGGGAUAACAACGGUUAGAAGUAUUUCUUUUGGUGAAUAUAUAGCGUCGGCUUGAACUCUUAGAUUGCUGGUGCCUCACCUAUUCCCAGAGGCCUUGAAUUCACUCCCUUUAAGAAAGAGGUUUCACCGGAUCUUGUACAUAACUUUGAAGGACUUUUUAUUAAAUGGAUCUGAAUGUCCUAAAUUCAGCAGAUGCUAUGUUACUAAAUUAUGUACACUUUUGCUUUCUCUCUUUGUUAACCACUCUGGAAAGUGUUCUUAUAAAUACACGAAUGUACAUCCUGUUUGAGGACUACUUCG